UCUGGUUAGGCGUUCUUACGGGCAACUUCUCGUGGACUUGUUGCCAGCACGGAUCUCUCCACAGGCCAGAACCAGACCGCGGAGACGAGCGAAAAGAACUUACGCUGGACUAAAGUAAACUUCAGCGGACAUAUGAGAGUAUUCGCGUGAACUGGAGCCGCCGACAUGUUUACGCGCGGAUCAAAGAAGCGACGCUCCAAUCGCUCGACAGAGGCUGAAGAUCCGGACAGGGGGCAGCCGUGUAUGCGAUGUGGAGAACAGUGUCCUGGCUUCCGCAUGCAUGGAUGGAGGAAGAUCUGUGUGCACUGUAAGUGUGUGCGCGAGGAGCAUGUGGUGCGUUCUGUGCCCGGACAGCUGGAGAGAAUGAUGAUGAAACUGGUGUCAGACUUCCAGAGGCACUCCAUAUCCGACGACGACUCGGGCUGCGCCUCAGAAGAAUACGCCUGGGUGCCACCCGGGAUCAAGCCUGAACAGGUAUAUCAGUACUUCAGCUGUAUUCCAGAGGACAAAGUUCCAUACGUCAACAGUCCAGGAGAACGAUACCGUAUUAAACAGCUUUUACACCAGCUGCCGGCCCAUGACAGCGAGCCUCAGUACUGUAACUCUCUGGAUGAAGAAGAGAAGAAAGAACUGAGGUUAUUCAGCCAGCAGAGGAAGAGAGAGAAUCUGGGCCGUGGCAUUGUGCGACUUUUUCCAGUCACCAUGACCGGAGCCAUCUGUCAACAGUGUGGAAGGCAGAUCUGCGGCGGGGACAUAGCGGUGUUUGCGUCACGAGCGGGUCACGGCUCCUGCUGGCAUCCUCAGUGCUUCCAGUGCGCUUCCUGUAACGAGCUGCUGGUGGAUCUCAUUUACUUCUAUCAGGACGGACACAUCUACUGCGGCCGGCACCACGCAGAGCGCAUCAAACCCCGCUGCCAGGCCUGUGACGAGAUCAUCUUUGCGGACGAGUGUACGGAGGCCGAGGGCCGGCACUGGCACAUGAAGCAUUUCUGCUGUUUCGAGUGUGAGACGGCGCUGGGCGGCCAGCGGUACAUCAUGAGAGAGAGUCGGCCGUACUGCUGCCACUGCUACGAGUCACUGUACGCCGAAUACUGUGACACCUGCGGAGAACACAUCGGUAUAGACCAGGGUCAGAUGACGUACGAGGGCCAGCACUGGCACGCGUCCGAAGAGUGUUUCUGCUGCGCCUGCUGUCGGCUCCCUCUGCUGGGCAGACCCUUCCUGCCUCGCGGCGGACUCAUCUUCUGCUCCCGCUCCUGCUCGCUCGGGGAAGACCCAGACAACUCCGACUCCUGCGAUUCUGCCCUGCAGAGCAAAUCAGUGUCACACAAGACCAUUCAAAACCAGCAGCGUACUUCAACGCCACGGCCACAGGGGGGAACCAGCAUCACUGUCGCCACCUGCAAGAAUGCAGUCAGAGCAGCUAGUACAACAACAGCCAAUGGGGGACAUUUUACACUGGAGAGCAAAGGUGUUCACACUUCUUUCCAUCCUAUACCGAAUGGCCAACCUCCACCGUAUGGACAAACACACACACAACACUCACAUCUGUCCUCUCCGCUCAGUCCAAUAGCCAAUGACAAGGAAACAUUAGUUAGUGAACAACUAGGGAAUCACCGGCCGGACAGUCUGGAGUUUACAGUGGAGCUGAAUGGAUACGCUGAAUUUGGUCCUUUCCCGCCAAGCUGCACGUCUAGAGGCACUUCGACUGCAAAGGACUGUGGGAACAUCAUUGAAAGCGGUUGUACAGGAAUUUCGUCUCAACUCGAGUCUUCAGAAGCAUUUGUUGAUCUAAAUGACUCUGAGUCCUUUCCGCCUCCUCCGCCCCCUGUUUUCUUCGAUCCGUCUGAUUUGCCGAACCUUUCGGACUCCCCGGCCGCUGUCACCGAAGCCGAAGACGUCCCUGUCGCACCGGUCCGCAGCAGCACCGCCAGGGUCAGCUUCAGAGAGCCAAUCAGCUGUAGUUAUUCAGUGGAAGAGGAAGACUGGGAGGAAGAGGAACGGGUGGAGCCGGAGAGAAAAGAGGGUGAGGAUGAUGAGCAGGAGGAAGAUGGAGAGGAAGUUGAAGGAAGUUUGGGACGCAGGUUGCGCUUUUGCACUGAAGUACCAUCUCAAAUGGACCUGCUGGAUGGCUCAUACCACCGCAGUUUCCGUCGAGGAAGCGGUGGCCACCACCCCACGGAGAAGCGGCUCAGACGCGCCCGAGGUUCACGAAGUGACAGGCCUCGUCUGGAAACCCUGGACUCCAGGGUAGAGGACCGCAGGCGGUCCAACAGCGUCCUGGACGGCAGCAGGACCGGCAGCCUUACGCUGCACUCCACCCGCUACCGCCACGAAGACUCCUGUUCCACCUGCUCCUCUUCCUCGGACUCCGAGGAGGAAGGCUUCUUUCUGGGCCAGCGCAUUCCUCUGCCGCCGCAGCUGACGGGUGGAGAGAGAGCAGCAGAAGCACACAGAGAGGACGAGGACAAGAGCCGCAGAGGAAGCUUUAGGAGAAGAAGGACACAGAGUCUCAGUAGAAAAGACAAGGACAAGGACAAGGACAAGAACUGCAUACUGUCCUGAGACUAAGACGUAUAUAUGUUAAAGAAUGCAGUCGAGACUCUGAACCAACAAGCUGCUCAGUCAAGAACAAAGUUUAUGAGUGACAUGUUGUAUGAUAAAAAUAGAAACUAUCUUACAGUCUGUGCAUCUGUGUAACAGUAUUUUUAGGUGAUGACAUAUUAUCCAAUAUCAGUUUCAGUAUCAGGGUGCGUAGUCAAAUCUACUGGCGUUAUUAUUCGGGCCAAGGAACAUUUCUAAUCCAAAUUUUGGUUGUUGUAGGAUAAGUAGAACUACAGUUUCUAAAUUUAUACGAGAGAACUAGGUGAACUAAUUUCAUUUUACAUUUAUUUACAGUUAAAGGCCUGUUUCUCAUCACAAAUAUUCAGCACAAAAUUCACUCCAAUUUUGGCAUGCAGUUCAUUUGUUCAAUAUGGAAGCUUGUUUCCACCACUGAAUUAAAAUUAAAAAGGUAAUUCUGAUGCUUUCUCUCACUAUUCUGACUUCUGACUAUUCUGAUCUCACAAUUGUGACUUUUGUUUUGCAAGUUACAAAGACACAAUCUCUUGUAAAGCCAGAAUUGUGAGAUAUAUAUAAAAAAUAAUAAUAAUAAUAAUAGAACUGUGGCAUAUAAAAUUGCAAUUGUGAAAAAACGAGAUAAAAAUCAGAAUUGGGAGGAAA